GAAAAAACGAUUGUGUAUUCAAGCUACUUCCGUUCCAUGUGAACGAACCUUUUCUAAAGCUGACCUAGUGUUGAAUGAAAAACGAUUAUCCUUAAAAAGUUCUAGAAGCUACAUGCAAGAAUUUCCAUUGUUUUAAGCUGUGCAGGCAGAAUUGCGGGCGGAAUAACUGUAAAUUUUUCCAUUUAAGUUCCAAUGACUUAAUGGACCUAAUUAUGCAGGCCAGGCCUUUUAAUCGAAUUUUACAAGGAGAAGUGGAUCGAGUAGCACAUAUUUACACGGCCAAUGACACCACGGGGAAAUACUGUGCCGCAAUUUUGUGGGGAGGAGAAUGCAAAAGCGAUUUCUGCAAGAGGUGCGCACCACAACCAAAUUCUUAUGAUGCUGCUUAUAGGGCAGAAUCUGUUUUAUUGGAAAAAUCUGACUUAGAAUCAACCGACAUAGAAGCGAUCAACAACCCCACACAGGUAUUAGAUAUAAAAAGACGAAAAAAUAAACGUGUAAUUCCAAAUUGUACCAGUGCUAGAGAUGAAAGUGAGCUAUCUUCUAGUGAAGAUGAGAGUGCCGUUAUUGGUCUUAAUCUACCCCCUGCACCUGAUACAACACUAAUAACUAUUAACGAAACUGUAUCAACUGAAGAUCCAGCGAAUUAUAUUCCCGUAUACGUGAAUAAUAAUGAGCCUGAAACGGAUUUAGGUAAUAAUGGCAUUUACAAAGAAACACCCUCCGAAACACGCAUUGAAACAAACUCAAUUGAUAUAACUGACAUCAAUGAUGUUCCAUUGUCGUUAGCCACUGAAAGACAAGUUAAUGAUAUAAAAGAAUUAAUUAUUGUACAAAAUACCAAAAUAGAAAAUCUUAUAGCACUGGUAAAUGAUAUGUCUAAAUCUAAACAAUUUAAACAACUUAAACGGGGUAAUGAGAAAAAUACUGAUGCUAAUGUGACAACAGCAACGAGAUGGAAUUUUCCAAUGCAGACCAUUGAUGAUAUUAAGAAGCUUGACGAAAGUUUGAAAAGUGGAGAUGAUGAUAGUGUGAAAGAAUUUAAAUGUUUUAUUCUUCAACUUGGGGGAACUACUUUAAAAACAACAAUUAAAUUUAUAAUCAAAGAACUAUAUUCUAUAGAAUUACAACAAAAUCUAAAUUACUCUGGACGGGAGAAUAAGUUUUCUACAAAAGAUUUAGUUCAAACAAAAUUAAUCCUUGAAGCAGUGCAACACAAUACACGUAGAACUCAGGUUGAGGCUAUCAACGAAUACAUGUAUCACAUGCAGCAUGUAACUGAUCGGGUUCGAGCUAUGAUGAAGAAAAAUAAUAAAUAAAAAAAAUA